AUACAUAGAGAGAGGUCGCGGCACCGUAUCGUCUCUCGUCAGUAGAGUCUCGGCGCUCGGCGAUUGCGGACGAGCCAAGACUUUAUUCUCCCGUAUAUUUUGAGGCUGACUGUGUGAAAGAAUAUAAUCGAAUAUUCAUUUUCAACGUAAUUGGAAAUAUAGAUCGUUAUAUCGUGCGUCGUUACACGAUUUCGUAUAUAAAAUUCGUUUUGUGCGUGUAUCAAAUACAAUAAUCUGAACAAUGGAAGAAGGAAGAAGGUUUUGGAAGACGCUCGAUACUUCGUUACUUUCAAGGAUAUCAAUGAGGCAAGUGUUGGAUUAAAAUCAAACGGUGACGUAAAUGGAUGAUGGAAAUGGUGAAGGAAAAACCACGAAGACGUAGCGUGAGCGAACUGCUCGAUUGGAGAUCCAUUACCGGAUUGAAAGGUGGUGCUGCUAAUUUCGAGAACAAUGAUACAGAUGGAAUUUUCUUCGAGGACUAUGAUAAAAGUCCGGAAACUAGACGAAGAAAACGUUCUGGCACUUGGCCGAGAACGAGAAGCUUAAACGCACCAAGUCCAAUACAACAAUUUGGACCAUGUGGGCGUAUAAUGAAAAACUCAGCCAUGGUCAUGACCAUCCAGGAUCCAGCUUCGCAGAGGUUGACUUGGUACAAACCUCCACUCACUGUCCUCGUAAUAAAAAAGGUCCGUGAUUCGUCGGUACUACCACCGUUUGUUCAGUUGGUAACAUGGUUGAUAGAAGAAAAACGGAUGGUCGUAUUCGUGGAAGCAACCGUACUUGAGGAUUCAGCUUUGGCUCGUGAUCUAAGAUUCCAAGGGGUUCGAGAUAGAUUACAAACUUUUCGAGAUGGAACUGAUGAUCUACAGGAUAGAAUCGAUUUUAUAAUAUGUUUGGGUGGCGAUGGCACGCUACUUUAUGCCAGUCUUCUCUUCCAACAAUCCGUACCACCUGUAAUGGCAUUUCAUCUCGGUUCUUUGGGUUUUCUUACACCUUUUGAGUUCGACAAUUUUCAGGAACAAGUUACGAACGUACUUGAAGGUCAUGCGGCCUUGACCCUCCGGAGCCGUUUAAGAUGUAUCAUUAUGCGAAAAGGCGAGGAAGGUCAGCCAGCGAAAUCACCGACGAAUUUGUUGGUGCUGAACGAAGUUGUCGUAGAUCGAGGACCCUCGCCGUACCUUUCAAACAUCGACCUUUUCAUUGAUGGCAAACAUGUAACUAGCGUUCAGGGUGAUGGCCUGAUCGUUAGUACACCAACCGGCUCUACAGCUUAUGCGGUAGCUGCAGGAGCCAGUAUGAUCCAUCCUUCGGUACCUGCAAUCAUGAUCACACCGAUCUGUCCUCAUUCGUUGUCAUUUAGACCAAUUGUUGUACCAGCCGGUGUCGAACUGAAGAUAAUGUCUAACAAUAAUGCCCGCAGCACAGCCUACGUUUCCUUUGAUGGUCGGAAUCAAGAAGAAUUACGAGUCGGGGACAGUUUACGAGUCACGACAUCUAUAUAUCCUGUACCUAGUAUUUGCGCAGCCGAUCAAAUAACGGAUUGGUUUGAUUCUCUCGCUGAGUGUUUACACUGGAACGUUAGGAAGAGGCAAAAGCACCUGGACGAGUUGAGUGACUUGACGCAUUCAUCUAGCAAUGAUACCCUUGACUCUUUGGAUCGCGAUAGCUAGACGGAAAUGUGUGUUUUAAAGAUAAAACAAAAUCAGCACAAUUGGUAAUAUCAAACGAGUCCAAAAGAUUUCGUGAGAGUGCCUCGAAAAGUGAUAAAAACAUGGAUUUUAAUCUACAUACUGGAUAACGGGUCUUGUUCUAUGUCAUUGUGAGAAAUCAUUAGAACUUCUUCUGUCAGUUGAAAUCGAUUAUUCAUAGAUAGUUGUUUAUUAUCAAGGAUCAAACGUAUGCACGUUGGAGGAUAGAAAGCAUAGUCUUAGUUUGUCAAUUUUCUCUUUCGUUUCGUUCUUCUUUUUUGUUUUUAUCCUAGACUGACUGUAUAUAUCCAAGAGUGAAAUGUUUCUGUCUUCGAACGUGUUAUAUCAACGUCGCUUUAUAUAUCAACGAUGAGAAAUUACAAGCCGUUAUUCGAAUUUUACAUUAUAUCCAAAAUGACUGAGAUAAACGAAGCUGGACUGCACAUAAAAUAUUAAAUUACUAAUAUAAAAACGAAGAAGAAGAUACUUAACUACUAGUUCCAAUUACGUUUAAACAUCAACGUUGAUUGUGAGCUUACUAAAAUAAUCGGAAAUGUGAUCAAAAUCAUCGGAAUUUCAUCAAAAGAAGAAAUUGAGUAUCAUCGAACAAUAAUUUGAAUGAUGCAAUUUCAUUGAUUACGUAUACUUAAGAUAAUCAUGUUCUUUGGAUUGAUUAUAAGAUGAUCUUUGUUAAACAAAGUGAACGAUGGAAUUAUAUUUAGUGUCAUCUACCGGGGAAAAUUUUCAACUAAAGUUGUUCCUUCAGAGUUAGUUCGGUUGAUUAACCGACAGAUAACGCUAAAUACCAAUUCUUAUAAAUCAUUGAUGAUUCGUAUCGUAGACUAUUGGAAUCAAGAUCUUAAAUGUAAUCAAUGAAAUCAUAUAAAAUCUCAUUUGAUUUAAUAAGAAACAUUUGAUUCUUUUUAAUAUUAAAUAUUGAUAAUAAUAUCGUAAUAUCAAAUUUGCAUAAAUAAUUUUCUCUUUGUCUAGAAUCAAAUGACUUUUUUUUUUAGAAAUUCGCGAAUCAUUUAUUCGUCGUUAGUAUUAUUUAUAAAAUUUUCGUGUGAUCAAUUCUUUCUUUCUUUUUCUUUUUUCUUUUUCUUCGAGACAAUUUAUCGCAACGAUUGUAAUUCUUUUUCAUUUUAAUACGUUUAAAAUUGAUACUUGUUGUUUCUCGUUCAUAAUACGAGAAAUAUUUGAUUUCUUUCGUUUUAAUUAAUACGAAGAAAUAUGAUAUAUUUACGAUUGUCGAGAUUUAUAAUGAAAUCGUCGAAGAGAGGAAAGUAUCGUAAUAUUAGUUACCUUUACAAUUAAUUUAUUAUUAUUAUGUUUCACGAUUAAUUGUACUCGAUAAAAAUUUUCGAACUUUCUUUUCCUUUUCUCUUCGUUUUUUUUCUGUCGAUCAACAUUGCAUUUCCAGCUUUCGUCGACGUCGGUGCAAACUUUGAGAUCCACUUCGUCGAACUUAAAAUGACUAUAUGUGAGAAAGUGACGAUCAAAGCGUAAAAAAAGUACGUUUGAUCUGUGUGAGAGAGAAAUAGAGAGAAAGAGAGAGAGAGAGAGAGAGAAAGAUGGUACAUGAACCAGAGUGAAUUGAUUUGUUAAUGUUAAUAACAAACUUUUCCUAUGAAUGUAAGUCUUUUUAAUAAAACCAUCUUUUGUACAGAAA